UGUCCUGUCUUGCAAGCAAAUUACAAAAAAGAUCAUAAAUAAAAAAAAAGGUUUAGAGAAUUUUCUUGAUACACGUCAAAGCAAAAUCAUCAUCAUCAAAACGUACGUCAUGAUAACAGUUGCCAUAGCCGCUGAGUUGCUUGAAGAAUACACGGCGGCGCUCACUCGCAUCACCGCCACACUCCUCCCUCUACCACCGACAAGUCGCCGCCGUAGCGUCAGAGCUCCCACCACCAGAGCUGACUCUCCCUUGCCUCGUAACGAUAACUCAUCCUCACGAGCUCCAAACUACGCCGCUUUUCUCUUGAAUUUCUGAUUUAUUUUAUUUUUAAUUUUUUGGAAUAGACUAAAGAGAUUUUUCGAAGUUUCUUCGUCUUCACUGUAAAUUACGGAUGAUGCUUGUGUUAUUAAAUUGGAAUUUUCUAUUUAUUUUGGGAUCGGAGUUGGUUUUGUUAAGUCUUUUUGCUACUAAAUAAUCAUAAGAAAUUUGAAACGGUAAAGAAUGUAAAACAAUAGAAAGGAGAGUUUAUUCAUA